ACAUAAACUGCCAGUCACAUUUAGCAGUGUCUGUAUUUUAUAAUCUCUGGCGAAGGGUGAUGUCAUACUAUGUUGUGCCAUGCUGAAAUCGGUCUUCUUAUUGGCGCUUUGAACAACAAAGGUUCCAGUUACAGCAUAGGACACUCCCCUCGUGUGGAUGCAUGUCCAUGUUGGGAGAGGAAGCACGAUGACUGAAUGGACUCUGGUCUUUCAAGCUGCAUGAACAGUAGAACUUCAACUCUGUCCAACUUAUUACAAGUAUGGAUCCUACUAUGCUCCUCUCCGUGGUGGUAGCUUUUUGUGUUCUGGUUGUAAGUUUACUGUACUUAAUACGUGCCUCUGCAAACAAGAAGAAACUGCGAGUCACCCUGCAAGACCCGAUGGUUAAAUAUCCUCUAAAGCUCAUAAAUAAACAGGAAAUUAGUCACAACACAAAGAGAUUUCGCUUUGCCCUUCCCUCUUCAAACCAUAUCCUUGGACUGCCAGUAGGUCAGCACGUGUAUCUCUCAGCCAAGGUGAACGGCAGCCUCGUCGUCAGAGCUUACACGCCGGUUUCCAGUGAUGACCAACAAGGAUAUGUUGAGCUUGUUGUCAAGGUGUACUAUAAGAACACUCACCCCUCAUUCCCAGACGGAGGGAAAAUGUCACAGUAUUUGGACAACAUGCGUGCUGGAGACAGGAUUGACUUCAGGGGACCCAGUGGACUGUUAGUGUAUCAGGGCAGGGGUGAAUUUUCCAUCCGACCGGACAAGAAAUCAAAACCAAGCAGUUUGAAGUUCAAACAUAUUGCCAUGAUCGCUGGAGGAACAGGUAUCACACCAAUGUUGCAGUUAAUCCGGACAAUCACAGGAGACCCCAGUGACAAAACGAUGUGCCAUCUCAUCUUUGCCAAUCAGACAGAGGAAGAUAUUCUACUCAGGGAGGAACUUCAUGAGCUGGAGAAAAAUUAUCCUGACAAGCUGAAGCUCUGGUUUACACUAGACAAACCUACUGAGAGUUGGAAGUACAGUUUCGGAUUUGUGACCUCUACCAUGAUCAAGGCUCACCUGCCUGCUCCAUCCUCAGACGUCAUUGUUGUUCUGUGCGGUCCUCCUCUAAUGAUUCAGUAUGCAUGUUUGCCAAAUCUGGAUAAACUGGGAUACAAGACAGAACACAUCUUUGCAUACUAAUGUUGAGAUUAGUAAGGGAGUUUGUUCAAUAUUGCUGUUUUUUACCACUUUAAAAUCACAAUUUAAAAAAAAUGGUUUUAUGCAAACAGUUAUAAAAUGGAAGUGGAAUGCAAUCCACUUUUUACAGUGCAUCUUGUGACCAAACCCAGAAAACAGAUCAGCUGACUUCCUGUGUACAGUAAUAACUCACAAAACUAUGGGCUGAUGACUUCUCCUCCCUCUUGUUCUCCUCCUCUUCCUCCUUUCACCAAAACACAUGAUCCUUUCUAUGUAAGGCUAUCUCCUGCAUGCUCCUCUCAAACACCAGCUGCCUGCAUGUCUUCCCUCACUCCAUCUAUCCACCUUCUCUUCGGUCUUCCUCUACCUCUCUGGUCUGGCAAUGCCGUCCUCAUCACCUUUCCACCAAUAUAUAUGAACCAAGAUUUGUCCAACCUAUUGAGGUCAGCUCUCUGACAUUGUCUCCAAAACAUUUAACAUUGGCUGUCGCUCUGAUCUGCUCAUUUUUAAUCCUAUCCAACCUGCUCACACAUCGAGAGAAUGCUAACAUUUUCAUUUCCACCACGUCCAGCUCUGCUUCUUGUUGUCUCUUCAAUGCCACUGUCUCUAAUCCGUACAUUAUGGCUGCCCUCACCACUGUUUUAUAAACUUUGCUCUUCAUCCUAGCAGAGACUCUUCUGUCACAUAACACACCUGACACCUUCCUCCACCCAACACACAACCUGCUUGACCUCUUUCUUCACUUCCAGACCACACUCCCCGUUGCGCCAGAUAUUUAAAGUUUUUCAUCCUCACUAUGUCUUUUCUCCUUGUGCCAAAGCAAUCCAAAGCCCGACCCUGAAGAUGACCGGUAGGUUGUAACCUUUGUAUAACAUGACAAAACAAGAUACAGGCUUAAAGACAAGGUUGGGGGUUCCAAGUAAGGUUUAACACAGUGUGAGCAUUUCAAAAUAGGGUCAUCACAGGUAUGGAGAGUAUCAAUAGAGUACAUUUUCCACAUGCAAGUAACAAGCAUGCCCAGUGUAAGUUAGAAUUCUUGGUGCAAAAAAACAACAAAUGUUACAGCACCUGGUAUUCCCAAUUGGUCUCCCAUCCAAGUAAUAACCAGGUCCGACCCUGCUUAGCGGCCGAGAUAUGAUGAGAUCAAGCGUUCUCAGGGUAGUAUGGCCGUAAGCGGCACCUAAAGUCGAAAUCUAGUACCAAAUUCCAUCAUAAAAGUAAUGUCUUUCGGUGGUUCAAAAGAGAUUUUCACAAUUGUGUUAAUUUUUCAAAGUACACAAAAAAAGCUCAGAGAUGAACAACGAAGAGCACUGGCAGAAGGAUGCGUUCAUUAUCACAAAGCCCAAGCUUUAGCACAACAUAUUUCAAGAUUUGUUAACAGCAGAUAGGAUACUGUAAUAUGUAUGUCAACCUCAGGUGUUCUCAAAGUACACAUCUUG